AUGAUGCUCCGAAACGAUGAGGGGUAUCAGGAUAUGCUCCAUAAUCGUGAUGAGGCAUGCUCAGCUACCAAGGGGCGACUUUCCGUUUCAAUUGGAUCCAGAUCGAAGUCACCAAGAGUGGUCGGGUGGAAGGGAGAAGCAGUAGAGUCCUUUCGGCCUAUCAACAUUGAAGUGAGGUCAGACGAGAACGUGACAAGUCCUUUAAACAGCGCUACCUCAUUUCGGUCAGGCAAGAUGUUCUGGCAGAAACUUCUAGAGGAGAAACAUGAUGAUGUGCCUGCCUUGUCUCCCAGCAGUGGAUCAGAAAGUAGUACAUCAGAAUACGCCGAAAUUCAUGUCACAGGCAGUACGGUGUCAUCCAUUACAGAUCAUAGUGGUUUCGGAGGAUUGAAGAUUCCAUUGAAGAGCCCAUUGUCAGUGGAUAUCCCAUCCUCGUCCACAUCUCUCCACAGCUUGUCCGUCUCAAGCAUUGACAACCGUCGUCCAAGUCGUGACACCAACAGUCAAGAAAUGAAUAAUCCUCCAAGUAAUGACGAUAUCGAUCCCCAUCAGAGGUUGAGCAAUCAAGGAAUGAGUAAAUUUGGAGACGGAAAGAAACGUGCACCAUCACCAGUAGCCUAUCCAUUCGGAAUGCUGCCAGCGAAAUCCCCUCGAUUCAAGACGAUGAGUGAAUCAUCGUUUGAGUCACCAAAGGCGAGCUUCGAUGAUGAAAACGACAAGCAUGAUAUGCCCGCAAUGGGAACUCCUGUUAUAGAACAACAUUUGAGCACCUCCUGGGCAACAAUAGCCAACGAAAACAAGGUGAAGGUUGUUCGGUCGUUUGUUCCUCUGUCAGCAUCGAACAAGAAGGACAGUUUUAAGAGCGCUUAUAGCGCCUGGCAGCGAGCUGGAUUGAUGAAAGAAAAUCGUGACGACAAUGACCAUACUAGAGAGCAAGAUAAUGUGAGGGAACAGGUUGUUGCUCCGUCACCUCGAAAGGUCGUUGUUUCCCCUCGAUUGGUGCAACAGGUGACCGAGACAAGGGAUUCUGAACUUGACGAAAGCGUACCUGAAAGCACCCAAGUUCUCAAAGGUGAAGAUGUCGUCCAGCACUACAAGGCCUGGCAGCGCGCGGGGCUGAUGAAAAAGGACGCAGGGCUAAAAUCUAAAAUGAGAUUGCCAUCAAGACAAAGCGAACAUCCCAGAACGAAGCCAACAAAGACAGAAAGGCGGCAAGCAUCUGGAGUCGUCAGAAAGGCCCCAGAUACGCUCGGAAAUCCAUAUAGGGUUUGGCAGAAAGUAGGACUAAUGAAAUCUGGGCUUCGUAAUGAAGAUCGCCAAUUUCGACCAUCUAAACCAAGGGCCUUACCCAUGGCGCCAUCGACGGCUGCCAAUGUCCGACAAGUCCACAAACAAAAGACCGGAAAACGCACACCAACAGAGAAGAGAUCUAAACCAAUGGUCUUGCCUAUGGCGCCAUCGACGGCUGCCAACGUCCGACAAGUCCCCAAACAAAAGACUGGACGACGCGCACCAACCGAAGAGAGAUCUAAACCCAUGCCAUUGCCAUUGGCACCAUCCACGGUUGCCAACGUUCGAGAAGUGCGCAAUCAAGAACCCUUUGAGCGUAGACCAAUAGAUGAGAGUGAAGAUCACGAUGACGAAUUCACGAAUAUUCUUAACAACAUCCGGCACAACAGUGACACAAAAGAGAACAGUCCCUUGGGUUCGCAAGAAGGGAGCCUUUCGAAGAGCUCGCAUGAUAGGAAUAAAACAGAGUGUGAUUCGGUUUCCUCGCAUCAUCGACGUGCAGGUGUAGGAGGGCUGUCAAUUCAAACAGCAAGCGCCAAUGGGAGUACCAUCGACUUUUUUGAUCAAAUGAGGGAACAGCUGAGUCCCCGUGCAAAUGUUCGCAGCAGUCCAGCAUCAAGUGGACAGGACCAAAACACAUUGGGAAAAGACGAGCUUUACCCGAAGUCACCAGCGAAUUCGUCUUCGAUAUUCCGAACCUCAGACUCCAAAGCAAGCGGGCAUCAAGGAUUUGAGGCUACAAUCCGGGCUGGAAAGGAGAAGCUGCAUUCUUGGGAAGAGAAAAGUCCCGAAAGUCGAAAUCGCCCAACGUCAACUCACUUUCAACAGAUUUGCAAAUCGAUUGAGUCUUCAGAUAAGACGGAAGGUCCACUAGCAAAUCUUGGAGGUAACCGAGCCAUCGUCCUUUUGGAGCGAGACAACAAGUAUGAAGUGUUGGUUGGCCAAACAAAUCAUUCGUCAAACCAGCAAGAACUUGUUCUUAAGAACCUUGAGGUCAUUGCUUCAGAAAAAACAGCGGAGGUAGAGGCUGAAUGCGACGGGGCUUGCCAAUGCUCACAAUCUAUAUUUAGCGGGAACGACAAUCUUAUUGACUUUUUCUUGCCUCAAAUGGGUAUGGCAUGUACAUGUCGAGAGCAACAUUGGAAAUGCGCAAAUCCAGACGACCCAACUGCGAUCGAAAAUGUCUUGCGCCCUUGGCAAGUUCAAUUUCUGCAUCGUUUCGGCAUUACGCACGCAGAGGAGCUGGUGAAGGCUCGUCACCGGAGUGUUGGUAUAUUGGGCAAAGCCAUGAGGCAGUGGAGAAUAAAGGAGGGGAUGCAGACUUUCCGUACCAGUAGUUGCAUUAUGGCGUUGGACAUUUGGAGUAAAACAUGCAAGGCGUACGUGAGAUCUAUUCGAAAGCAACUGGGAACCAAAGAUGGUCCGCAUGGAACAAGAGAAAUGCCUCGAACCUUGAUUCCUCAGAUUUCCAAGUUUCUUAUGGAAAAUCCUCCGGCUCAAACUCCACAAAAAUCAUUCGAUACUAUUUUGGCAUGA